UGUUGGAAACCUUCUCAAAUACUCUCCUUUUUUUUUUUUUUUUUUCCAAAUUUUGAUAUAUCAAGAAACUGGUUUCGAGUUUAAGGUGUAUAUGUAUCCUCCGCUAAGAACAGGACUUUUCCGGUCGCCGGAAUAUCUUUCUUGGCCUUCUGAUUUAAUGGAUUAUUGGGUUGCUGGUUUCUUGGUUUUGACGGCCGGAAUACUUCUCCGUCCAUGGCUCUGGUUUCGUCUUAGAAACUCGAAAAAGAAAGAUGAAGAAGAAGAGAAGAAAAAGGGAAAGAUUCCAAAGGGAAGCUUAGGCUGGCCGGUGAUCGGAGAAACCCUAAACUUCAUCGCCUGUGGUUAUUCUUCUCGGCCGGUUACUUUCAUGGACAAACGAAAAUCUUUAUACGGGAAGGUGUUCAAGACGAACAUAAUAGGGACACCAAUCAUAGUAUCAACCGAUACAGAGGUCAACAAAGUGGUGCUCCAAAACCACGGGAACAUAUUUGUCCCUGCGUACCCUAAAUCAAUCACCGAACUACUUGGAGAAAACUCUAUUCUCAGCAUCAAUGGACCUCACCAAAAAAGACUUCACACGAUCAUUGGCGCCUUCCUCAGAUCUCCUCACCUUAAAGACCGGAUCACUCGAGACAUCGAGGCCUCAGUUGGUCUCACUUUGGCUUCUUGGGCUCAACUUCCUCUGGUUCAUGUUCAAGAUGAAACCAAAAAGAUGACGUUCGAGAUAUUGGUUAAAGUGCUGAUGAGCAUAUCUCCUGGUGGAGAUUUGGACAUUCUCAAAGUUGAGUUCGAAGAAUUCAUCAAGGGUUUGAUAUGUAUCCCCAUCAAAUUCCCUGGCACUAGACUCUUUAAGUCCUUAAAGGCGAAAGAGAGGUUAAUAAAGAUGGUUAAAAAGGUUGUGGAGGAGAGACAAGUGGCUGCGACGACAGCGUCUCCGGCGAACGACGUGGUGGAUGUGCUUCUCAGAGACGUUAGUGACGGUGGUGAUUCAGAGAAGCAAUCUCAGCCGUCGGAUUUCGUAAGCGGAAAGAUCAUAGAGAUGAUGAUACCCGGAGAGGAAACAAUGCCAAUGGCGAUGACCUUGGCUGUCAAAUUCCUAAGUGACAAUCCCGUCGCGCUAGCCAAACUCGUGGAGGAGAAUAUGGAGAUGAAGAGGCAGAAAUUGGAGUCAGGCGAAUUAUAUAAUUGGACCGAUUACAUGUCUCUCUCUUUUACUCAAAAUGUGAUAAACGAAACGCUUAGAAUGGCUAACAUCAUUAACGGAGUGUGGAGGAAGGCUCUUAAAGAUGUAGAAAUUAAAGGUUACUUAAUACCAAAAGGAUGGUGUGUAUUGGCAUCAUUCAUAGCGGUUCACAUGGAUGAAGACAUUUAUGAGAACCCCUAUCAAUUCGAUCCGUGGAGAUGGGACAGGAUUAAUGGAUCAGCAAACAGCAGUAAUUGCUUCACACCCUUUGGCGGUGGACAGAGGCUAUGUCCUGGUUUAGAACUAUCGAAGCUCGAAAUUUCCAUCUUUCUUCACCACCUCGUGACCCGGUACAGUUGGACGGCUGAGGAAGACGAGAUCGUGUCAUUUCCGACGGUGAAGAUGAAGCGGAGGCUCCCCAUCCGAGUGGCUAUGGUUGAUGGAGCCACUCCGAUCUCAGUUGAAAAUCAUUAACAUACCCCUCAAAAGAACAAAACUGUUUGUGCAAAAGGAAGCAGAGAGGUACUAGACAUAUAUUUAUCUUAUUAAAAUAUAGCAGCAAAGAGAAGCAAACAAGACUGGUGGGUAAGAUAGAUAGAAAGAGCCAUACGUACAGCUAGUGAUGGCUCAGAGAUGAGAGAUUCUAAUUGUAUUUUUGCUAGUCAUGUCAAAAUUAUAAGCGUUGGUUAGGUUGUCCCUUUCUCUUUUAUUUAUCGUACCAAACGCAAGUUGAGAUAUGAUUCCAAAUAUAUAUGGAUGAUAUUGAUAGAUGUGUACAUGUUAAUAUAAUACCUACGUGUCGUCUCUAUCUAUAUUUUGUUUUAUGCUCUGUAAAUCUUAAGACAGAUCGAACCUA